GCGAGAGUGAGUCGACGAUGCCUACGACGUUGUGUUCCGCCAAAGCAUCCUACAAAAAACAAGCUGGCACUCUCGAGCUCACUGAUUCACUUCUAACAUGGACGCAAGAAGGCAAGAAAGCCCCAGCUGUUCGUGUUCUACAUCCAGAAGCAACUUCUCUCUUCUGCAGCAAAGAAGGUGCUGCUCAAGUCCGUCUCAAGCUCGGGCUGGUCAACGAUGAGGCAGGUCACAACUUCACUUUUACUUCCCCUUCAGCAGUCGCGUACGUCGAGCGGGAGGCUUUCAAACAGGAACUCACAAACAUAAUAUCUCGCAACCGGAGCGCUGCACCAACUCCUGCACAAAAACCAACACCACUGACUGCAUCAAGCACACCCGCAAAGACACCCGCACCAAUUCCAUCCACAUCCCGUGCUACCUCCGUCUCAAGCGACAGUCGCACUCCCAUCCUCUCCGGUAUAGAUGCAGCAACCGACUUUCGCCUCAGAAAAAAGGUCCUCCUCUCAAAUCCAGAACUGCUCGCGCUUCACAAGGAGCUUGUCAUGAGUGGUCAUAUUACAGAGUCUGAGUUUUGGGACGGAAGAGAGCACCUCUUGCUUGCAGAGGCUGCCGCAGAGGGCCAGAAACGCGGGCGUCCAGGCCAGCUCGUGGACCCCAGACCACAGACCGUGGAAGGUGGCGAGGUCAAGAUCGUCAUCACACCACAGCUAGUCCAUGACAUAUUCGACGAGUUUCCCGUCGUCGCAAAGGCGUAUAACGAUAACGUCCCCAACAAGCUAUCAGAAGCCGAGUUCUGGAAGAGAUAUUUCCAGUCAAAGCUCUUCAACGCCCACCGCGCCUCUAUCCGUUCCUCUGCCACGCAGCAUGUCGUAAAGGAGGACCCAAUAUUCGACAAGUACCUAGAGAAAGACGACGAUGAGCUGGAGCCGAGGAGAGCACGAAAUGAAGUCUCGGACCUCUUCAUAAACAUAGGAGCGACGCUCGAGGACCACAUAGAGACAGGAAACGAAAAAGACGUAACAAUGCAAGCCGGUCGACAACGCGGCGCCCUCCCCCUCAUCCGAAAAUUCAACGAGCACUCUGAACGAUUACUCAACUCCGCUCUAGGCGAAGUACCGCCUGCUAAACGUCGACGCAUCGAUAGUAGCAAUGAUGACGACGAUGCGUACGCCCAGAUCACGCUCGACGAUUUACGUGACCCAGAAGCCACGAGCGGAAUUGCGCUUCAGAUGCAAGACCGUGAGCGAUAUUUCGAGGGACAACUUGCACGGACUGCUUCAGAGCAGGCAGACAGGGAGGUCAUUGAUGUCCGCGCAGCUUUUGCAGAAUUAAAACACGGGUUUGGGGGUUGGGAGACGAGGUUCAGUCAAUUCCGAAUAGACAAAAGAGCAGGAGACGCAGCGCUCGCUUCAAUGACUCAAAACGUCUCUGCGAGACUAGACAUCCGAACUAGAAAAGUCGACUUCCCACCGACGCUCUUCCGCCAACUCACGACAUGUCAAACAGCCGCAAACGAGUUCCUCAGGCAGUUCUGGACAUCUCUUUACCCGCCCCCAACGACAACUUCAUCAACUGCGACACCCUCGCAAAACGCAGCAAAAGCAUCAAAGAUGGCGGCCUACCUCAGCAAGACGCACGAAAAAGUUGAAGCGCUCGUCCGGGCUGGCCAAUUGGAAGGUGUGGAACCCGAGAGGGUGCAGGUGGCUAUGAAACCCCUCUUGGACGCCGUCGAGCAUGCGCUUGCGUUUUAUCGGGCGCGGAGUGGUAAGCCUUCAACGCUGAAAAUCGCCUAGUGGGCUUCAAGCGGUGGAUCGCGUAUAUCCAGCAUGUAACAUAACCAU